AUGCUGGUUUGCCCCACGCUUGCAGACACCAAGGCGGUGGGACCCGCACCCUUCGACACGUGCCGCCAGCUGCCAGGAGGCAAGCGCCGCCGCAAGGCUAUCGCUACCGUGGACCGACUCCAGCGGUGGAGUGAGGGCGAGCGCGCCUCACUGCAUGUGGCAGGCUUUGACCGGAAGGCCUGCAACGCCUUGCUUGCCACUGGCCUGUGCCCUGACCACCUGAACACGGCAGCGGCGCUUCGAAUCUUGCGCCCGACCCAGCCCACGCCGGAUGUGGCCUUUGAUGACCUGCUGAAAGUGCUCCGGAUCUGGUUGGCAAGGCCGACGAUUGCCGUCGGGGAAAUUAUGAUGGUCCGCGAUGAGGCUCGGGCUGGCCUCGACCUGACCAUCUUCUACCUAGAUGAUGGCGUCAUCGCAGCAGAC